UGACGGUGGUUUAAGCUUAUUACCUUACGUUUUGUUUUGUUGUUUUUCUUUGGAUGGCAAACACUGUGACGUGCUUAACUAGACGACUUUUGACAGGCUGCAAAAUAUGCCCUGGCCAAUGUAUUAAUGAGAUUGUCGGCAGAGAGACGCCAGAAUCCACCGACACCAAAGUUUAGGAACCAUAGCUCAAACGGUUUUUUGCAUCGAGAUUUUGUAGCUAGACAUACAAGAGAAAUUGGCUUCCCAGUAAUUCGAUGGGGACUUCUACUCCUAAUUGGGGAUUCACAUCUGUCCCUGUGCCACCAGAUUUUCCGUAUCCAGCCACUGUUCCAGGGACUGAACACAACCAGAGAAAACGUCUAUGGCGUAGAUGGAAUCAACUGUCCAGGUUCCAACGUAAUACUUGUCUGCUCUUCAUGGCCCUGCUGAUCACUCUCUCCAUAUUAUUUGUCUUGCCAAAUCUUCCGCCAAGCGCAAGUUUGCCUUCCCCAUCCAGAAAUGAAGCAUUAGAAGGAAGUGAAACUGUGCAGGGAAUAAAACCCAGUCUUGAAUAUGAGAGAGAACCUGAAGGUCCUCCUAAACCAAUCACAUUAUCAAAACCAGUACAAGAGAAUUUUCGACCCCUCACAAAGGAAGAGGAAGAAAAUCGUGUUGGAGAAAAUGAAAAAAAUUCAGUGAAUUUGCCAAGAAAUGGAAUUGAUCUUUUCAGCAAGAAGAACCAAAAGAUUGUUUUUACCGGCCCAACGAAUCAUCGUCAGAGAGCGGUUGUAGAUGCUUUUAGUCACGCCUGGAAGGGUUACAAAACCUAUGCCUGGGGGCACGAUCAUUUACGGCCAAUAAGCCAGACGUACAACGAUUGGUUUCAUCUUGGAUUGACAAUCAUAGACUCUCUAGAUACCAUGUAUAUCAUGGGUUUGAAUGAAGAUUUCAACGAAGCCCGAAGUUGGGUUAAGGACUCUUUACAAUUUAAUGGAAAUCGGGAUAUUAAUUUAUUUGAAACUACCAUAAGAGUAUUGGGAGGAUUGCUGAGCACUUAUCAUUUGUCCGGCGAUAAAUUGUUUCUAGACAAAGCGUUGGAACUAGGCUUACUUCUUUUACCGAGCUUUAAAACGUCUUCAGGAGUGCCAUAUUCAGAUGUCAAUCUUGGCACUAAGAAGGCCCAUCCUCCCAAAUGGAACGCCGAUUCAACCACGUCCGAGGUGACGACAAUUCAGCUUGAAUUUCGUGAUCUAAGCCGUUGUACCGGCGAUCCUACCUUUGAGGAACUCUCGUUCAGGGUGUCCAAAUUUAUCCACAAGUUGCCAAAAACGGAAGGGCUAGUUCCCAUUUUUAUCAAUCCUAACACGGGCCAAUUUCGCAAGUCGACCAUUACGCUAGGAGCACGGGGGGACUCGUACUACGAGUAUCUACUCAAGCAGUGGAUUCAGACGGGCAGGACGAUCGAUUUUUUACGAGAUGACUACAACGCAUCCAUCAGCGGCGUCAAAAACCUUCUCGUGCGCCAUUCCAAACCGAAUAAUUUACUUUACGUCGGCGAACUUAUUAACGGAAAUGACUUUAAAGCCAAAAUGGAUCAUUUAUUAUGUUUCCUACCGGGUACAUUGGCCCUGGGUGUACAUUACGGCAUGCCACCGGACCAUUUGCGCCUAGCCGAGGACCUUCUCUACACGUGUUACCAAACGUACGCAGCUCAGCCCACUCAUCUGGCACCGGAAAUCACUUAUUUUAACGAAGAGGAGGACGGAGAUAGUGACAUGAUAGUCAAACCAGCCGAUUCGCACAAUCUCCUGCGACCAGAAACGGUAGAGAGUCUGUGGUACAUGUACCAUUUGACGGGCAACACCACCUAUCAGGAUUGGGGCUGGAAAAUAUUUCAGGCUUUUGAAAAAUUCGCCCGCGUGGAACACGGUUACAGCUCACUGGGCAAUGUGAAGAGCAUUGCGGAUACCAAGUUGCGAGACAUGAUGGAGUCAUUCUUCCUAGGAGAGACGUUAAAAUAUUUUUACCUGCUCUUCAGCGACGAUCAGAAAACGCUAAGCGUCGACCGCUAUGUUCUCAACUCGGAGGCUCAUUUCUUUCCCAUUCACACAUCACGAUGACGAGUUUUCACUCUCAAAAAUUAAUGAAAACGAUAAGUUUUGUCUCUUUUUUUUUUUUUUUCCACAACAAAAAAAAAAUUUAAUUGUUGCAAAAUGUUUUAGUAAUGCUCACACGAGGUGUUUUUAGAUGGGUUUGUGCCGUAUUCAACAACCUGGUUCUUUCACUACAUAUUCAAUAUUGUUUGCACUAUUUUUUUUUCUUUUUAAAAUUAUUAUUCCGGCCGACGGAAAAGGAUAGGAACCAAGAAAAAAUCAAUAAAAAAAAAAUAUUAUUGCAUGUUCAUUACACUAGUCCAAAAGUU